CGGCGUUCACGCGGUUCCGGGUACUAAUGUUGGUUUCCCAAGCUGUUUGCAGAGAAACUGAGGCACCGAGAGGGAGCGACUGCUCCCGAAACCCACAGGAAACCCGUUUUCCUUCCUUGGACCCACUGUGAAAGGCUUGGCCUCGGGUCAUCGGCAGUGUCCCCGAAACUCCAAAUUUUUCUGGCAAGGGGGUGGUCAAGGCGACAUUUAGGACUGGAGUGACGGAGCAGUGGCUGUUCUUGUGCCGUGCUACACAGGUGAGGACGUGAAGACUGAGCGUGAACAAGGUCGCGCUUUGGCGGCCGGGAUUUGAACCCGGACUGAGCCCAGCUCUGAGUCCUGCGAGGCCUUGUGGAACCGAGAUGACCCACUCUUUGGUUUGUCCAGAGACAGUGAGCAGGGUGAGUUCGGUGCUGAAUCGUAACACUCGGCAGUUUGGAAAGAAGCACCUGUUCGACCAGGACGAGGAGACCUGCUGGAACUCGGACCAGGGCCCUUCCCAGUGGGUAAUACUGGAGUUUCCCCAGCGCAUCUGUGUCUCUCAGCUGCAGAUCCAGUUCCAGGGGGGCUUUUCCAGUCGCCAGGGCCGCCUAGAAGGUUCUCAGGGGAGUGAGGCUCUUAGCAAGAUUGUGGACUUUUAUCCUGAGGACAACAACUCGCUUCAGACUUUCCCUGUGCCAUCUGCUGAGGUGGACCGGCUGAAAGUGACAUUUGAGGACACCACUGAUUUCUUUGGCCGAGUGGUCAUCUACCACCUGCGGGUGCUAGGGGAGAAGAAGGUGUGAGGCCACUGGGUGGCUGCCUCCUCCGGGAAGUCCUCCGGGAAGCACAGUGAAGUCCUUCAAGUUCUGCACAGAAGGUUUAUUGGUUCCUCUUGGAAAGGGCCCCCUCCCACCAUCUGUCCAGGAGCUGCCUUUGAAGCCAGUUCGGGGUUCCCCCAGAUCUGGGUCGACCAUUUUGUUCCCUGAGUGUCUGAGUCCCUGGCAGACGGCGUUCACUCAGGG